AUGGAGGAUCCGUCCAUGAUGGAUACAGAAUCCAAGACCUCUGACAGGGACACAUCGCAACUGUCAGAUCCGCCCAGCGACCUGGAUGGCUCAGACCGAGACGCCCCGACCCAGCAGACGGAAUGGCUUGCGACGACGCGAAAACGCCGGUCCACGGCGGGAAAUCGCAUGAAGUCAAUGCUUGCCAAUGAGGAGCCAGACUCAGACCUUGAACUUCUAUUCGCCGAAGACGAGAAUGACCAGGGCUUCUCCGACGUUGGCGACGACGGUUCCGACGUACACAUGGACUCCUCAUCCGACGACGAAGAUGACAACAAUGCCAACGACGACGAUCUGGAAGGUGAAAAGGAGCUUGACCGUCAAGCCAAGGAAAAGCGCGCCGCUCUACGCAAACGAAGAGCUCAAGAAGCAAUCCCAGCAAAAUUUAGAAAAAAGGUUCGCAUCGACCCAACCACCAGAGCAGCAUCUGUCCCAGCUCCCGCUCCGCGUCCCAAAAAAAAGUCGGAACGAGCCUCAUGGCUGCCGUCGCCUGCGGAUCUUCCUACCCGUGCGUCAUCCCGAAAGACGACUCGUAUAUCCAAAGAGCAGUUGCACCAGCAAAUGGCUGAACGUGAGGCGAAGAGACUAAAGCAGCUCGCGCAAAUGGAGAAGAAGGCUGCUCGACUCGAGGCCAUGAAGAAACCCCCCAUGACGCAGGAGGAGAGGCUAGCGGAAGCUGCCAUCGUGGAGAAGCGCAACAGCAAAAGCCUCAAUCGCUGGGAGGAGGCGGAGAAGCAGCGCGAGGAAGAGCGAAAGGCCAAGCUGGCUGCUUUGAAUCAGCGGACGCUCAAAGGGCCAGUCCUUACAUUCUGGAGCGGAAAAGGUCAAUGGGAAGAUGUCGAAUUGCGCUCGCUACGUCCAUAUGUGACUGAGGUGGAGGAGAAGCCCAAAAAGAAGAGAGAAAAGACGGACAAGACGGCCAAGGGAAAGGGAAAGGGAAAGGAUAAGGAUGGGGCAAAGACUUAUGAAAAUCAAGUCCACAGAGAAGGAGACAAAGAUAAUUCCGACGGUAUUGCCCAAGCGAGAAAUCAAAGUUCAGACGUGCUCAAAGCUGUCAGGACUUCAACGACAGAAAAGUCGGCACUAAGCGAUCCCAAGAAUCUGGAAAACGAUGGCAGCCUUUUGGCCGAGAAAAACGAGCGUCAUGCAUCAGUAAAGGCUGGCGUAGAUGGGACCGAAGCGAUAAAUCGGGCGGCGUCUACAGAAGCACGACUGGCCACCGCAGACGAUGCAUCGAAUAGCACGGACGUGUCUGCCCUGAAACCAAAUAAUACGCCAAUAGACGCGAAACCCGAAACUCAAGAGGAUGCAAUCUUGGUUGCAAGGGACCAAGUCGAGAAAUCGACCCAACCCUCACGGGCAUCACCCCUGGUUUUCACCCCCCUCCUCAAGGAAGAGACCAUCGCUUCUACAGACUUUGCUUUGCCACAACCUUCUGCAUCUGGUCCCCCUUCAUCACCUAUCCCCUCAUCAAUCUCUGCCCAAGCCUCUACAACGCCUCCGUCACAUCCUCCAAGCAGGCUGGCUGCGCCUCUUCCUCCUCCACCCGCCGGUCCCUUGGUUGCCACGGCUGGCCCAACACGACCUGCGGAAGCCAGGCCAUCCAGGGUCCUGGCUGCACCUGUGCUCAUCCUGCCUCCAGUAGUCGACAUCGACACGGAUCCGUCCUCGCCAGUAGAUGCUGCACCAAAAUCGAACGUGCUAGCACCGCCAAAUACGUUCCAAUCCACACUGGCACCACCGUCCGUACAGCCCGGGAACCCAACGACGGUGGCAGCAUCAUCUGUGUCUUCAGCAACUAAGAUUACAACGGAAAAGGAAGUCGACACGAAGGGGUCAGUCCCGGCCGGCUCCGACUUUGAAUCUGCCCAUGGCGAGACAGCGACGACAAGUAUGCGAGGAAGUCCCGAGCCGCCAGCCGUAACCGAGGCGCCUCGCGACAUGGACGCAACCCGAAACGGCAUCAUCUAUCAAAACUUUGAUGGAAAUGCCAUACGUGACAAGAACAUCCAGACACAGAUUCUCUUCGGGCGCAAAAUGACCAAACUCGCCAAGCCCGCGCCUGCACCAAUCUGCGUCAUCACAAAUAACCCGGCGCGUUAUCGGGACCCCCAAACCAAGCUCCCGUUCUACAAUAUGUUUGCAUACAAGGAGAUCCAGCGCCUCAACAACGGCGACUACCAAUGGAGUCGUAUCCUGGGUGCAUGGGUGGGCAACCCAAAGCAAGCGGCGCGUGGUGUCCCCGAACGCUUCCUCAACCCUGAUGGCGGGAAACUAGAGACUCCAGGAGGACACGGAAAUUCUAAAAUCAAGCAACGGGAACAAUCUGAGAAAAGGAAGGAGGACGAGGCGGAGGCGGAGGAUGGCGGGAUGGCACAAGCACCUGCAGCAGCUGGUAGUGAUGCCGCCGUCGAGGCUGAGGAAAUAAGUGGCACAGUGCAAACCACAGAAGACGUACUGCACGUGGCUACGUAG